CCCGCCACUGAGGGAAAGAGGCAGUCAGUCAGCUUGUGUGUUUUCGCGGGUUACUGUGUUCGCAGGUAUAAGAAGUUUCACGAAGUACACGACGGAAAGAAACCUGGGGUUGAGGCUUGUAAGUUGAGGUGAUCAAGAUGGAGUUUUCUGGAGUAAAGAGGAGGAAGCUGAGGUUGGCAGGAGACCAGAAGAGUGCUUCUUACCCUCAUAGCCUUCAGUUUUACCUGGAACCACCCUCUGAAAACAUAUCUCUGAUAGAGUUUGAGACCUUGGCUAUUGAUAGACUGAAAUUACUAAAAACGGUUGAAAAUCUUGGCGUGAGCUAUGUGAAAGGAACUGAACAAUAUCAGAGUAAAUUGGAGGCUGAAAUUCGAAAGCUCAAGUUUUCCUUCAGAGAAAAUUUAGAAGAUGAAUAUGAGCCACGAAGAAAAGAUCAUAUUUCUCAUUUUAUUUUGCGCCUUGCUUAUUGUCAGUCUGAAGAUCUUAGACGUUGGUUCAUUCAACAAGAAAUGGAUCUCCUUCGAUUUCGAUUUGGUAUUUUACCGAAGGACAAAAUUCAGAAUUUCUUAAAGGAUAGCCAUUUGCACUUUGAGGCUAUAAGUGAUGAAGAGAAGAGUCAUCGAGAACAGGACAUUUUUGCCUCAUCACCGAGUUUAAGUGGUACUCAUUUGGAAUUUGAAUCUGUGUAUAAGAUCCCUUUUGCUGAUGCCCUGGAUUUGUUCCGAGGAAGGCGAGUCUAUUUGGAAGAUGGUUUUGCUUAUGUGCCACUUAAGGACAUUGUAGCAAUUAUCCUCAAUGAAUUUAGAGCAAAGUUGUCCAAGGCUUUGGCAUUAACUGCCAGGACUUUGCCUGCUGUGCAGUCAGAUGAGCGACUCCAGCCUCUGCUCAACCACCUUAGUCAUUCCUACACUGGCCAAGACUACAGUGUGCAGAGAAACACUGGGAAGAUCUCUCUAGAUCAGAUUGACUCGCUCUCGACUGUGUCCUUCCCUCCCUGCAUGCGCCAGCUGCACAAGGCCUUGCGGGAAAAUCACCACCUCCGGCACGGAGGCCGCAUGCAGUACGGGCUCUUCCUGAAGGGCAUCGGUCUGACCCUGGAGCAGGCUCUGCAGUUCUGGAAGCGAGAGUUUGUCAGAGGAAAGAUGGAUCCUGACAAGUUUGAUAAAGGUUACUCUUACAAUAUCCGCCACAGCUUUGGCAAGGAAGGCAAGAGGACAGACUAUACACCGUAUAGCUGCAUGAAGAUUAUUCUAACCAAUCCGCCUGGCCAAGGGGAUUACCAUGGGUGCCCAUUCCGUCACAGUGAUCCGGAGCUACUGAAGCAGAAGCUGCAGUCGUACAAGAUCUCUCCCCAAGGAAUAAGCCAGAUUUUGGAUUUAGUAAAAGGGACACAUUACCAGGUAGCCUGUCAGAAGUACUUUGAGAUAAUACAUAAUGUGGAUGAUUGCGGCUUCUCUUUGAAUCAUCCCAACCAGUUCUUUGUUGAGAGCCAGCGGACGCUAAAUGGUGGUAAAGACAUCAAAAAGGAAUCCAGCCAGCCAGAAACUCCUCAAGCCAGAUCCAGUGUCCAGAAAACCAAGGAUGCAUCCUCUGCUCUGGCCUCCUUAAAUUCCUCCCUGGAAAUGGACAUGGAGGCGCUGGAAGACUACUUUAGCCACUAAUCUUGGGCAGUUUAGGAGCCUUUUCCUCACUAGCCUAGUUUGAAGAUUUUUCUGUUUUUGUUUUUGUUUUUUUGUUUAACUUCUCUUUCUCCCCUAACUCAAUCCAUGUACAUACACAUCUGUAAGCCCUAUUUUAGAACUGGCUAAAGCCCCCAGGAAAGCUAAAGUCUCCCAGUACAGUUAAGAAGAACUUCUAACUCCUACCAUUGUAUAAUUUUGAUCCACUCCUUUUUCUUGACCAUUUUUGCUAAUAAAUACCAAAAGCUAUAUAUUUAUAUUCUGUGUAAUUGGGAGUCUUGCAACACACUGAUGAUUACGUCAGUAUUUAAAGUAGUAUUUAGGUGUCUAGUGCCACUGCCACCUACCACCGAGGAGCUUAAACUUCUGUUGUGAGUUGGCUCAUCUGUGGUUGUUCUACAUCAGCAAGGAGAAUUUUGGGCCAUUAGAUGGUUGCAAACUCUACUGAAAUGAACUGUGACCCGAGAAUGAAGAGAAACAAUUUAUACCGCCAGCUGCAUUAAGGCCUGGGAAUAUCACGUGCACAGGGACACUCCUCAUUGGUGUCCUUGCCUUUCACUCUGGUUCAUGAAGAAUAGACUUUCACUGGAGCAAGUUCCUCUGUGUGUUUCCUCCCAACUUGGAACAAUUUGUAACUUGCGGUUUCUGGGAAUUGCAAAUUCUGGUGUGGAGAGUAGCCCUCCUCCCCUCGCCAGCUGUGAGAGGCCAGGUGUGCAGGGCAGGCAGGCGCUGCGUGUGUGCUGUGACGCCCUUACCUGGCCGCGGUGCUACCGGGCAUCUCUGCUCACUACUGUAGAAGUAACUCUUCCUUAGUAUUUAUUUCUUUGGAAUAUGUGAGAAAUUUUAAUCCUCCUUUCAUGCACCAAAGGCUACUUGUCCUUUAUUCUCUUGAGUUAGGUGAUAAGCUGAAAAGUUGGCAUGAUAGUCAGAAAACUGAAUUGUUAAAAGCACUAUAUUGUUUGAUUGUGUGAUUAUAUGAAAGGGAUUCACGCAAGACCAAGUUGCCAGAACCUAAAAGUAUCAGCUAAGUAGGUUUUUAUUUUAAGCCCUGAGUCAGAGAUUACUUGGCAUGUUCAGUAGCAUAUAAUUAAAUGAGACACUAUCUGAA